CGCCGGAACAGUUCGUUCCCCGCGCGAGAGACGGAUCACGCUAGACGGAAUAACGUGGUGAAAAACGAGUAAAGGCGUAGAGAACAUAGACUUAUCGUGACCUUAGUCCGCGCCACCAAGCCCCAACCUGAGACGGUCUUGGAAAGGGUAGCGAAACCUUCACACCCGGUCAAUGUGAAGGAAACGGACGGAAGAAGCUACGAAGAGAACUACGACGUCGUCGGACGGGCAGGUCAAAGGUCGCCACCACGACGGUGCCGCGAUCGCACAUAAGCAAUGGACGUCGUCUGCCGAUCGUCGAGUGCGCGAAGAAAAGGUGACCGCCGGUGGCGAACGUAGGGAGGCGAGUGAAAAUGAAACCGUGAGCGGGGAUGUAAAGACCCGAACAAGCUCUCGACGGACGGUCUGCUCCAAGUCUGAUUGCGGCUGGACCGCGAAACGUAGAUUAAAGGCGCCACCCCCCCGGGUCCACCUAGCUACGUAACUGUGGCCGCAGAGUGUGCGUGUGUUUUUCCAGGCAGACAGAGAGAGCGAGAGAGUGAGAGAGUGAGAGACUGUAUCCGGGAGCGGGCAGUGUUCGCGCCCUUACCUCCCCACACCUGUGGUGGCCGGAGCGCCGAUCGCGAAGUACAGAUCGCGUCAACGAUCGUAAGGGAUCUCGCCGCCAGCAUACUUUUCAGCAUCCGCACAUCGCAUUAGAGAGAAGCACAUACUCGCGCAGGUGCGCCAGUUCGGUGGUGACUCGGUCACUCGGUAAGCAAAUUACCGUGACCGCUGACGUCACGUCCGUUCGUGCACCACCACCACGCCAUUUCAGUCUUUGGGCCCCCUGGUGGUGCCUAUUUGACGAGUAAAUAAAAAGCGCAUCUCAGGGAACAUCAGCACCGCAUCGGAAGAGAGCGCCCGAUAUAAUCCGCGUGGCCUCGACACACGACGAAGAUGUUGAACAGCGAAACGGGCGAGAUGGAGUACGAGUCCGGAGGGGCGUACCGGGACCGGGAGCGUAUCUACCUGGACAAGGAAACGGGCGAAGUGAGCAGCUACCGGGCGGAACCGGACGCAAGGCGUCCCCGGUCCAAGUUCCUCGUGCCGAAGCAGUACCUGCGCAACCAGUGCGGCAUUGUGGCGCGCAAACCGGUGGCCUCGGCGGCGGCACCGAGCGUGGCCUGCGCGUCCAUGGCCUGCCGGCAAAAGAUGAUUCCGAUGACGAAGGAGGAGGUCACGGUCGGCUACAAAUGUAGCGCCCAUCUGCUCUACCUUCUGCCGCUGUUCUUCAUGACGCCGAAGCUGUUCGCGCUGCUCAUUUCCUUCGUGGAAGUCAUGCUGCACAUGUGGGCACACCGGAAGAACGGGGCCGGCGGCCGCCGCCAGGACGUGUACUACCGCAGCCCGAUGCACGUGGUGACGCGCAACUUCUGCGAAGUCUGCCGCCACGAGCAGCUGAUGGGCCGCGUCGGCAAGCUGCAGGACGGCCGGAUGAAGCAGAUGCAGAACUACUUCCGGAAGGUUACCCGAAACAUGGCCUGAAGCGCACUUCGGUUGGGGAGCGCAACGCGUUAACGCUGCUGAUAGGUUGCGCCUGGAUCCUGGACCUGGAUCGGUCGUGCGCAGCUUUCGGCAUUGAAUAAACCGUGCUACAAUGAGGGCUCUGUCCGUACUGUUAGCUUGUAUUAAAGUUUGUGCACAUUGGGUACAUUGAUUAGCUUGUCGUUAUCAACCAUUCGUACAUUAAACAUAGAGCGUGUGCCUCAACAGAGUGCC